AUGGACAAUCCAAUUCGCCAAAUCCGACCAGUUGUUGAGGCGCUGUGCACCGGCACGCGUGAGGAGCAGGAGAAGGCGUUACGAGAGAACUACACCACCGACGCCUCCUUUGUGCAUCCCUUUUGCCGCGUACCGCACUUCAACAAUGGCGAUAUCCCAUUCUUUAGCUGGCUCAACUCGCGGUUUCUAUUGCUCAGCAUCUACCGCUGGUAUCGCAUGUUGAGCCCAGAGAUCGAGAUGAAAAUAUACUCUACGGUGCUGGACGAGAAGACCAAUCAGCUCUACGUGCAAGCCAGCCAGAUUUUCAGGAUAUGGUUCAUCCCAUUCUACAAGGCCGAUGUCAAGCUCGUAGUCGUCCUCAGUCUCGCUCCCCACACCACCGGCGCUAACGGCAGCCUGGUUCCCUGCACCAUUACUGAUGAUUCCAGCGCUGUCAAGAACGGUGAAGAUGACAACAACACCUCCCAGGCGGGUGAGGUCUCGUUCGCGGAUGUGGUCAAGUACAACACCACAGACGAGGACAAAAUUCCAAACAAGGGCAGUACCGCUCCCUCGAAGUCCGAGACUGGAUCAGGGCCUGUGGUUCAGCGUGGCGACUCCGGGAUCCGCUAUCUGAUCUCGCAGCAGGAAGACAUGUACCAGGUCAACGAAUUCAUCAAGUUCGUGGUGCCUUUCGGCGUCGGCGAUAGUCUGUGGACAAUGUGGCAGCUCAUCAGCACAUCCAUAUGCGUAGCACUCGCCACUGUAUUCCUGCCGUUCGCUAAGCUCUUCGACAAGCAAAAGAGGCCGUAA